AUGAGAUGGAGCACAGUAUUGAAAGCUAGUGCAAAGACUAAUCUUGCCAACUAUAAGAAGGCAGGCUACAUACCGAGAGAUAUUACUAGUAAUGAGGUAAAUAGUCGUGGUGGGAAAGGAGUAUUUCGUGGGAAAACUAUUAAUGAAGUUGUUAAACUUUUGAGAUACCAAUUUGAAGGUACUAUAAAAGAUGAAGAAGGUAAUUUGAUCAAAAUGUCUACAAUCACCAGUAGAAAGCUCAUGAAUGAUAGUAAGUUAACUAUGAAUAUCUUCAAACAUUUGAAUGAAAUGAGAAAGGUUGACAAAAGGCCAAUAUCGAGGAUAGUACUUUUCACAUUAUUAGGUAUUAAUCCUAAAUCAUUGACUGAUAAAACUAAAGUUACUAAACAGAUCGAUAACCUUUUAGCUAAAGAUAAGAACACAGAAAGAGCGGUAUAUUUAUUGAAACUUUCAGGAAACAAAAACACUGUUGCCAUGAACAGAGUUAUUGAAUCAACUUUAAAGAAUGGUGAUGUUAAAGAUGCUUUGAAAAUCUUCAAUGAUUGUAAGAAAUGGAAGUAUAAGCCAAACGACCAAACAUUUGUCAUAUUGUUUGAUGGAAUCUCCAAGAACUUAUCGUUCAAAGAAUAUAGCCAAACUGAAGGUAGGAUUUUCCAAACUUUGAAAGACAUGUACGACACUAUCGAAACACCUACGAUUUCAAUUUUCAAUGCCUUAUUGAGUUGUUUGGUAAGAAACUUGAAUGAUAACCAAUUAUCAGCUUGGGAGUUCUUCGAUAAUCUUAACGACUUGAAACCUGAUAAUACCACCUUCACUAUCUUCAUAAGAGGUUUAUGUAAGAACAGAGAUUUCAGGAUUAAAAAGUUGGCUGAUAGGAAUAUUGUAAAAAUGCAAAAGAACAAGAUGGUCUUCCUUUUGAAUAGAGAAUUGGUGACGAACGUUGAAUUAAUAAGUAAGAAACUUGAAAAAUUCGAUAAUGUCUUUAUAGUCAAUUACUUGAAAGCUUUUAACGGGUAUCAUUACAAUACAUUGGGACUCCAACAAUUAAAGGACUGGUGCGAUGAUUUCAAAUUGAUGAGUGACGAAUUAGGACUUAAUUUCAAUGCAAGUAAGAAACUUCAGGAUUCCAAAGACAAGGAAUUAUCUCAAAUGAAUAGUGAUUCCAAGAUACCCAUGAAAUAUGCUGAUGUGGAUAUGAAAAAGAAAACUACAGCUGAAUUGAAUUUAUUCUUGAUUCAAAUCAUUCUUGAAUAUUUAUAUCAAUUAGAUAGGCCAGUUCAAUUCUUAAAAUCUUGUUGGUACUUAUUGAAAACAUACGGAGGGGUGAAUUUCAAGACUUAUCCUACAUUAAAAGAUCUUGAAGUUGAAGUUAGCUACGAAACGCCUACCGAAAAGAUCAUUGAUAUGAAACUAGUUGAAAGUAUGAUGUUCUACAUACAUCAAAUGUUCUUAAAGGAACAAAAGUCAAGUUUGAUAAACAUUCAAAUGCUCAAAUACAUGAAAAGCAGUCGUAUACAACCAACAGAUUAUAGUUAUUUGAAUGUUGUUCAAAUGAUCAGUGAAGAGCUCCAUUAUUUCAUUAGGUACAAUUAUAAUCAAUUGAAAGAAGUUCAAAAGGAAAACCGUGAUUUCAGAAUUUUAAAAGAUCCGUUGAAGAAAGACCAAAUAGAGUACUUGGUAAGGAAUUUGAAAUCACUUCUUGAAGUAGCAAAACCAUUGCCCAAGACCUCCAAGAACAAGAAAUCGAAGAAAGAUAUUGAAGUGCCAAUUAUUGAUAAGAAAAUCACUCAAUCUGUUAAAACCGUUUAUGACAAAAUCUCCCAUUGUAACUGGAUUGAAGUGAAUGACGAAGAUACGAAAAAGUUGAAAGGACUCAUAAAGUCUUUAAAAGAUUUGUAG